CUUCUUAAAUAUUCAAUUAGCUCCGAGCAGAGAGGCAGGCAUCAGCACAGGGGGAAACUUGACGGCAAGAAGACGCGGUUCAUUCAUUUUUGGAGCAGCGGGACUGCUUCAUGGAGACACUAGCACUCCUGUUGUGUUCCCGGAGAGUUGUUUCACUCUCUCCGGCCUGCCGUUAAACUUUUCACGGCCGUAACACCAUGGACCCGCUGUGGACGGGCACCGGCGCUUCGGUACGGCAUGCAAAUACGUACUCUGACGUCGGCGAUCAUGUGGCUUUUGGCGUAGAUCCUCCUUGUGAUCGCCAAUUUUUUCUUUCCUGUCGCCUGUUGUCUGCUCGGUUAUCGAGCCGCCGAGAGAGUGUUUGAAACAGAUUCGGCGUGUUUGUCGGCUCUCCAGCGGCUCUGGGAUUGUACCGCACUACCUGAGCGUCGCGCCAAAACGGUGGGCAGGCUUUCUCUGAUCAACAGCGAUUCCUCCCCUCCCACCCUCUUGUGUUAAAGAUGUAGCGUCCUAUCAUGCAGUCCGAGGAGAUCAGCCAGCACUGGAGCUGACACUGUCAGUGAGCCCAGCCUACAUGACACUACAGGAGUCCCAUCUCUGCCAGACUUUCACCGCCUACUGUCCUCCUCCUUUCUCCAGCCAAUAAUUUUACUCUGGGGGGGGUGAGUGUUCCUCGGAUUCUGAUCCCAGUCUCACAAGUUGUCCGGUGCUUGCUACCUCGGGAUCUAUAUCUGUAUUCUUCUAGUAGGCAGUCCUCCUGACUGCACUUCAGCACCUUAAGAAGGUCUUUGCAUACAAGUCCUGCAUCCUGGAACUUCAGCCAUAGCCUCCUUUAUAGCAUCCCUGGCCAAACACGAGCACCGGGACAAACCCAUCCACCAACAUGUCCAGUCGACGUAAGGCCUCCACUCCCUGUAUGAUCCGACCAGAGCAGACAAUGGUGGAGCUGGAUGAAGAAGUGGAGGACUCUCAGAACAUGGAGACAACAACAGAGAACCAUACCCAAGGGGUGCCUAUGGAUAGCAGUUCAACACAACCCGAGCAAUCCAUGGACUUGGAUGUAAUGGAAAAGGCCUCUGACCCUCCUUUGGCUCCUGACAAACCAGCAGCUGAGCCACCAGACGUUUCUAAGCCUCAGCGCAGACAGCAGGGGGGAUAUGAGUGCAAAUACUGCCCCUUUUCUACCCAGAAUUUGAAUACUUUCAAAGAACACGUAGACGCAAACCACCCAAAUGUCAUCCUUAACCCCCUGUACCUGUGUGCUGUCUGUAACUUCAACACAAAAAAGUUUGACACCCUGACGGAACACAACGAGAGGUGCCACCCAGGGGAGAGCAACUUUAAAUUUAAACGCAUAAAAAUGAACAACCAGACAAUCUUAGAACAGACGAUAGAGGGGUGCAGCAACAACGCUGUCAUUUACAACACUUCUGGUGCCAUUUCCGGCAAAGGGGACGAACUCGGCACUGUGCCACUGAGCAAACCCACCACAGUCAAAAUCGGUAAACCAAAAAUAAUGACAUCGGAUAACAAACGGACAGACUCCCAGUUGGGAAAAAUAACUGCGGAUCUCACCAAGAAACCAAUCACAGCUGUCAAUGUGAAUGGUACGGUCAUCAUCCCGGAGUCGACUCUCCUUAAAGCAGACGGCCUUUCUCACAUCAUGCCUUCCCUGCAGCGGCCUCUAAACUAUACCCAGGUGCCGAAGAUUGCAGUGCCCCUCAACACAACCAAAUACAACCCCACAUUGGACGACAACCUGACGCUGAUCUCGUCCUUCAACAAGUUCCCCUACCCAACACAGGCUGAGCUCUCGUGGCUCACCGCAGCAUCAAAACAUCCAGAAGAGCAGAUCAAAGUCUGGUUCACCACACAGCGGCUCAAACAGGGUAUCAGCUGGUCACCUGAGGAGGUGGAAGAAGCGAGGAAGAAAAUGUUCAAUGGUACAAUAUCCUCCGUGCCUCAGACUUUCACCGUGGUUACUCCUCAGCUCAACUCCCAAUCAUCUACCAACCAGUCCACCUCAAGCACGCCCUCCAAACCCAUGCAGCCAGCAGCCUCUGUCCUGCAGUCCCUGCCCUGUCAGCUCCUGGGACAGACCAGCCUUGUGCUGACUCCUGUAGCCAAUGGCUCUACUGUUACUUGUGCACCACUGGCACUCACAGUGGCUAACCAGGUGGCGCAGUCGCUCAAACGACCUUUAGCCUCUCCUUCGGUUGCUACAGAGAGUAAACGGCCCUCCAUCAUUCAGACCAUCUCUGCCCCGAUGGCCACAUCCAAGCUGGCAUCAUCUAAAGUGCUGAGUUUCACCGUUGACCCCAAUAAAACAUCAGAGCAGCUGUCUGUGCUGAGGUCCAGCUACACACAGUGCCCUUUCCCUGAGGAAGAUGAGAUUUACAGGCUGAUAGAGACCACCGGGUUAUCCAGAGGAGAGAUAAAGAAGUGGUUCAGUGAGCAAAGACUCCUCAAUCUCAAAGGUGUUCCUCCUCCACCUGUGCUGGUCAAAGCAGAGAUAACACCACUUCCUAAAGAUGCCCCAGUAAAGAAAGCGGUCCCCAGCCAGUUUCCACUGUUAGAGAGGGUGAAGGGGAAGUCGUCGGAGCAGCUGAAGGCGCUGGAGGAGAGUUUCCAGAAAAGUAGCUCUCCAACAGAGUCAGAGCUAGAUCAGCUGGCCCAGGAGACCAGGCUGUCCAAGACAGAGGUUGACUGCUGGUUUUCGGAGCGCAGGGCACUGAGGGACAACAUGGAGAAGACUUUACUCACGAUGGCUGCUAAGAACACGGAGGACAGAAUAGAGCGGCCGGGUGCGCUGCUUAAUGGGGCUUCUCAUCGAGAGCAGGACGGGAAGCCUCUCCGCUCCUCUCCGCAUCCGCCUGUCCUUUCCUCCUCCUCGUCUUCCUCCCCCCCUGUGCUUGCCGCUUCCUCCCCUCGGCCUCCGACCCAACCCUCAUCUGCAUCGCCUCCCAUCCUCACGUCAUCCUGCUCCUCUUCUCCACAUCCUCCCAUCCUGUCAGCCUCCACGAGCCCAGCUCCCAUCAGCAGCCGCUCCCUCGCCCUCCUCAGGGAGACGUUUUGCCGGACCCAGUGGCCAUCUCCUGAGGAGUACAGUCAGCUGGAGGUGCAAACAAGUCUUGGACGCACUGACAUUGUACGCUGGUUCAAGGACCACCGCUCUGCACUGAAGAACGGCGAAACUCUCGACUGGAUGGAAGGUUUCCAAGGCGUUGCAGAGAAGCAGAAAGCAAGCCAGGAACAGAACGGUCAGAGUUCUGAGAAGAACAAGUGCAUUUCCUUGGAAAUCAAGGCUGUAAAAGUGGACAAGGCUGUUGAGAAACUAUCUACUCCAGAACAGUCCAAACAGCCAGAGCAGGACAAAGUCCAGCGGUUGACAGACAGACUGGCAGAUGGUGUGACCGACCUGAGCCGGACCAGGCCGGACCAGAACAGCUCAAAUGCCACUGAAAAAGGAAGGUGGGUAAAGGUGACCUUGGCUGUGGGGGAGGAUGGUGAAGGAGGAGCAGAAAGACAAAGGUUGGCAACUGACACGGACAUUCUGACCUUGGAGCAACCGGGGAGGGUCACUGGUUGAUGUACAUCACUGACUGCUGAGUCACCGACGACCUGAGAUGACCAAACAUGGAAGCAGUGAUGUCAUUGUCUGCCUGUGAUGUCAUCCCAACAUCCUGGGGGACUGUGGAGUUGCACCAUUAAAGCACUUGAUGGAAGCGUAGACCCUGACAUUUAGAGGAGUGCCAAAGCUGGACUUGAUGCAUUGCUCUUACUACAGUGCUCGCUCUCUUUGUUUUUUGUUUUUUAAGAAAAAAAAGAGCCCUGUAAAUAUUUU